AUGGAGGCAGAAAAUGACUCCAAAAAGGAGCAAAGUGCUCAAUUAGAGCACCCUGAUCUCGUCAAGAAUGAAGCCCAACAGGCCUCCGAAGCCGAGCACCAGGCGUCAUUCUGGGAAGCCCUGAAGACCAAUCGCAAGGCUGUUUUAUGGUCUGCAGCGAUUUCUCUGACUAUUAUCAUGGAAGGAUACGACGUCGGGCUGAUCUUCCAGUUCUUCGCAUAUCCCACGUUUCAACGAAAGUUUGGGGAAUACCAGGCGGAUAAAGAUGGUUACGAGGUAUCUGGGCCCUGGCAAGCUGGUCUCAGCAAUGGUGCCAAUGUGGGAAUCGUCAUCGGUGGUUUCUUGAACGGCUUCUUGUCCACAAAAUAUGGGUACAAGAAAGUUCUCUUGGGCUCGCUGUUUUUCAUGAACUGGUUUAUCUUCAUUUUGUUCUUCGCCCCGUCGGCCCCAGUCCUUCUAGUCGGUCAGAUCCUGUGCGGGCUCACCUGGGGUGUGUUUGCGACGACUGGGCCUGCUUAUGCCUCCGAAGUAUGUCCACUGGCAUUGCGUGGGGUCCUGACGUGCUAUGUGAACCUGUGCUGGGCGAUUGGCCAGUUCAUCGCAUCCGGUGCCCUCUACGGUCUAUUGAAGAUCGAGAAUGAGUGGUCCUACAGGAUCGCCUAUGCUCUGCAGUGGAUAUGGCCGGUUCCUCUUUUCAUCCUGAUCUUUUUCGCCCCAGAAUCACCGUGGUGGCUGGUGCGAAAUGGCAAGAUGGAUGAUGCGCAUAAGGCUCUCGGGAAGCUGGACAACAAAGAUCGCGAAUCCCACCAGAAAACGGUGACUCAAAUGCAACAGACCCUUGAUCUCGAAAAGGAAAUGGACGCGGGUUCGAACUACCUAGAUUGUUUCCGGGGCGUCGACCGGCGCCGGACCGAAAUCGUGUGCCUGGCCUUCGCGGGACAGGUACUUUCUGGGGCACCUUUCGCCUACACACCGACCUACUUCUUCGUCCAGGCCGGCAUUGAUCCGAGCAAAGCAUAUCAAAUCGCAAUAGGCGGCACCGCCAUCUCGUUUGUGGGGACGAUCAUCUCGUGGUUCUUGCUGGGGUGGUUUGGUCGUCGCCAACUGUACAUGGGUGGCAUCACUACCUUGGCCUGCCUACUGCUGAUCAUCGGCGUGAUCGCCUCUGCGUCCGAAUCUGGCGGUGCCAAAUGGGGCCAAGCUGCAAUGUGCCUUGUGUGGCUCUUCACCUAUUCGGUCACGCUUGGUCCCAUCACCUUCACCAUCAUCUCCGAGACGUCAUCGAUUCAACUGCGCGCUAAGUCUGUGUGCUUGGCUCGAAACGUCUACAACAUCGCCCAGAUCAUCGCGAACGUCAUCGAGCCGUAUCUGAUCAACCCGACCGAGGCCGACUUGAAGGGGCGGACGGCCUAUUUUUGGUUUGCAACGGCCACGUUGACCGCGAUCUGGGCUUAUUUCCGACUCCCUGAAUGCAGGGGUCGGACCUAUGAUGAGCUGGAUGUCAUGUUUCAUCAGGGCGUGUCUGCUAGGAAAUUUGCCGACUAUGAGGUCAAUGUGUAUGAUGGGAAUGCGCUCCGUAAAAGGAGCGUGGGGGACGAGAAGGAACAGACGGAAUAG